UCUGUGUACAAAAAUAAACAAAAGCAAACUUAAAAAAAGGGCAAUUCGCUAAUGGAAGUCUGAGAAUGCAGGGGUCCUGGAAACUGGUGCUGCCCGUUGGGUUUGUGCUGUACUCGCUGCCGCUGUUCCUGCGUGUCAACGGCACUGCCGACUACAUCAUCGACGAGGAAUUUCACAUACCGCAGGGCAUGGCCUUCUGUCGCAAGCAAUUUGAUGUGUGGGAUAAUAAAAUCACGACCUUUCCCGGCUUGUAUUUGCUUGCGCUCGUGCUGCAUCCGUUUAACGGUUGUUCGGUAACGGGUCUGCGACUGCUCAGCCUGGCCGGGGCGGGCAUUAACAUACUGCUGAUGUACAAGAUACGUCGUCGCACACUGGCCGGCACCGGUGGUAAUGCGUAUGCCGCACAUGAGGCAAUAACGCUAUCCGUCUUGCCACCACUAUAUUUCUUUAGUCAUCUGUACUAUACGGACACAUUGUCACUAACCAUGGUGUUGUUGUUCUAUAAUUAUUGGCAACAGGAGGCACAUCUGCCGGCUGCUGUUUGGGGUGCGGCCAGUGUGCUGAUGCGCCAGACGAACAUCGUUUGGGUGUGUAUGUGCUGUGGCAUUACCAUUCUGGACACACUGGUGCAGCAGUGCACCAAAACGCGACCAGAGAGCAAGCAGCAGAUACGACUCUUUGGCAGCGAGCUUUGGCUGCAGCUGCUCGGCAGUCCGCAACUGGUAUGCAAUUGUAUUUUAAGGAUUUUGGCAAAAUGCUGCUUCUAUGCGUCCAUCAUACUGCCCUUCAUUGGAUUCAUCUGCAUCAAUGGCUCCAUUGUCGUUGGCGACAAGAGCGCCCACGAGGCUUCACUGCAUUUGCCACAGCUCUUUUAUUUUACGAUCUUUGCCGCCGGAUUUGGCAUCUCCAAUACGCUACGCCAAUUGCGUUUUGCUUUCGGACUGUUGCGGCGAAAUCUGUUGCUCACAUUGGUGGGCAUAUUGCUCAUAGCCACAGUGGUGCAUUUUAACACUGUGGUGCAUCCAUAUUUGCUCGCUGACAAUCGUCAUUACACCUUCUAUGUGUGGAGUCGCCUGUACGGGCGUUUCUGGUGGUUUCGCUAUGCCAUGUCGCCGAUAUACCUGCUCGCCCUGGUCCUGCUCUGCUGUGGACUUCGGCAUAUGCCGGAUAGCUUUAAGCUAAUGUUUCCGCUUUCUUUGCUGCUGGUCUUGUGUUUCCAGCGUUUGCUGGAGCUGCGCUAUUUCCUUGUUCCAUAUGUGCUCUUCCGUCUGCAUACACGUCCGGCACGCAAAGGCUUCGCCGAGUGGCUGGAACUUGGCGUCCAUCUACUCCUGAAUGUGGUCACGUUCUAUGUAUACUUCACCAAAGUCUUCUAUUGGCAAAACUAUCGCAAGCCGCAGCGAAUUAUUUGGUAAAAUCAAAUUUUAUCAUUCAUCCACAUAAACUGUGAAAACUUGUCAUUUAAA